CCUCUUCUUUCAUAAGUACUGGGCUCGUCUUCCUUGUCCGUUGCCUCCAAAACCAGAAGUCUGAUUCUAAUUUCCUAAUCCGGAUCUGAUUUAGGCUCCUGUUCUGCCCUUACUACUUUCCUCCCCUCCGGUUAGAACUGUGUGUUUGGGGUGGAAAGUUUCUGGUUCUGGAUUGAUUUUCUUCGCGUAAUAUAUCUCGAUGAAUAAUAAGCAGCAUGCUCCAUUCUCUCUCUGACUCCUAGGUUCUAAUCUCUAGAUUGCAGUUUCUUUCUGGUUUUUGUUUGAGCCACAAAAGUGCAAAGAUAGCAAAUUUCAGUCCUUUUUCUGUAUAUAAUUUACUAGAUUAUCUUUACUGGUGUAGUUGAAACUAUUUCCCUUCCAAAAUGUUGUCUGCUGGUGUUGCUCUUAGUCGGGCUCAUAGUGAACCAAUACUUUCUCUUAGUGAUGAACCAAUACUUUCUCUUAGUCGCAUCAAUUCUGAAUGGGGUCUGUGCCAAAGCGACUCCAUUUUGUUAUUCUUGACCCUUUCACGAUCUAUGGUGCCAAUGCGUGUUCUGGAAUCGGAUUCCAUUGAGUCUGUGAAGCUGAGGAUUCAAACCUGCACAGGGUUUGUUGUGAGGAAUCAGAAGUUGGUUUGUAGAGGUCGGGAGCUGGCACGGAGUAAUUCCCUCAUUCGUGACUAUGGUGUCACUGAUGGCAAUGUUUUGCAUUUAGUCCUUAGGCAUUCUGAUCUUCAAGUUAUUAAUGUCAGGACUGUUUGUGGAAAAGAAUUUGUGUUCCAUAUCCAACGAGGAAGAAAUGUUGGUUAUCUGAAAAGACAGAUUGCAAAGAGGGAAAAAGAAUUCAAUAAUCCAGAUGAGCAAGAAGUUAUUUGUGAUGGGAAGCAGGUUGAGGAUCAAAUGCUUAUUGAUGAUAUAUGUGAGGUUAAUGGUGCAGUAUUGCACUUGUUGGUCCGUCGAACUGCAAAACUUCGGGUUAGGGGUGUUGAGAAGAAGAUUGAAGUGUCUAUUGUGGCACCAGAAUUGAAUGAUGGGACAGCUUAUGUAGCCGGUGAGAAGAAAACUAGAAGACAGUAUGAUGCUGCUGAAGAUUAUUCCAGGGGUUAUCAAGUUAACAAGGAGAUUGUACCAAGAAAACCUCCUGAUAGAGACUUCUUCUUUGAGCCAGUUGUUAAUCCCAAGGUUGAAUUACCUUUGAUAAUUUUGGAUAUGAUUAAUUCCACUCGCUGCGGUUUAGACGGUGGUAACUAUCCAAUUAGGUCUAAGGAGGGUACUGGAGGAGUGUAUUUUAUGCAGGAUGCAACUGGCCAAAAUUUUGUUUCUGUCUUUAAGCCAAUUGAUGAGGAACCUCUGGCAGUUAACAACCCAGGAGGACUGCCUCCAUCACCAGAUGGUGAAGGGUUGAAGAAGGGUACAACAGUUGGAGAAGGAGCAUUUAGGGAAUCCGCAGCUUAUGUUUUGGAUCAUCCAAAAAUUGGGCUUCCCUCAUUGUUUUAUGAUAAGGAGGGUUUUGCUGGCGUGCCUCCAACCGUUAUGAUAAAGUGUGGACAUAGAGCAUUUAACAAUCCUGAUAAUGUUACUGUGAAGCUUGGGUCCUUGCAAAUGUACAUAGAAAAUAGUGGAAGUUGUGAAGACAUUGGUCCUGGGGCUUUUCCGGUGGAGGAAGUACAUAAAAUUUCUGUUUUGGAUAUAAGAUUGGCAAAUGCAGAUAGGCAUGCUGGAAAUAUUUUGUUGAGCAAAGAUGCUGAUGGAAAGACUCUGCUAAUUCCAAUUGAUCAUGGUUAUUGCUUGCCUGAAAGUAUUGUUUUAGAGAUUCUGUUUCUCUGUGCUGAUAUGUUGAUGGAGGGAUUUGAACCUGCAUUUGCGUUUGAAGAUUGCACAUUUGAGUGGCUCUAUUGGCCUCAAGCUCACGAACCUUACUCACUUGGAACUAUUGAGUACAUAAAAUCUCUGGAUGCUGAAGAAGAUAUUGCUCUUCUUAAAGACCAUGGAUGGGAUAUGCCACUAGAAUGUGCCCGCACACUUCGCAUCUCUACAAUGCUUCUGAAAAAGGGAGUUGACAGAGGACUCACUCCCUAUGCAAUUGGAAGCGCAAUGUGCAGAGAAAGAUUGAACAAAGAAUCUGUAAUAGAGGAGAUUGUCCAAGAAGCAAAAGAUUCAGCACUUCCGGGCACAAGUGAAGCUGUGUUUCUUGAAACUCUUUCUCAAACCAUGGAUCACCGUCUCAAUGAGAUUGCUGGAUCAUAGCCAUGAUAAAAUUGCAGGAUUCCUGGUGAAUCUGUACGUGGUGGUGGUUUUGUAAGCAAAUAUAUAUGCAUGGCAAGAUGACUUGUUCAAAUUGUCUGCAGCCUUGUUGUUUACCCAUGUACGGAAGCUUUUUAAUUCUUACUUGUUUCUUGAGACAAUCAAUUCUUUUUGUUCAUCCCAGCUAGCUUCUCAUACAUAAUAUUGGCCUUAAAGCUUCAAUUGAACAAAGAUAUAGUUAACCAUUUUUUUUUCUUUUACAAGAUUUUGUGUUUCCCUGAGGUUUGAGUUUAAGUUUUGCUGUAUUUUAAUUUUUGGCAGUAUAUAAUGAAUAAAUUUCUGCUCUCAUGUAUAAUACUUCAAAUCCUACGCAGAUGAAGGACUUGGGUUAGAAUUCAAUGUUCUUGAUGACUCAAUGGGAACUCAAGGGACCUUAUGCAUAAAAGCCAUGUAUGUUAAUUUGAUUAAUGUGAAUUUUAUAAAUUUCAUAGAACUUG